UAAAAAUUAUUUUUUACUGCAAAAGUAAAAACGCCAUGUGUUUUUGAAAAUCCAUUUAUAUCCAGUGGGGACUUCCGGAGAAAGAGAAGCCGUCAUUUUUAGGCAUACAAUUUUACUUUUAGCUAAAGUUAAAUUGAGAUAGAAAGUACAUAUAUUUUAUAGAUCGACUGAAAAAGGGUAUUGACAAGAUGCAUUAAAAAUGCUGGGCUUCCUUCAUGGCAAGAAAUAAAUUUUACCCAGAUUUAAACUCAUGUGCUAUGCAACUGCAAAAACAUGUGUAAUUAAAUUUAAGGAAAAAAAACCGUCAACUUCCUGUGUCAUUCCUUGUGUAAUAAACAUAAUUUUUGGUAAAAUUUGACCUCACCAUCUGCUUUUAAUGAAAAUUGGCUCAAGGGUAGCGUUUAAACUACACAUAUAUUGUAGAGGGAAUUGAUAAAGAAAAAUUCAAAACUCAACAUGGCUGAAAAAUGUUUGAAAUGCAAUUCUUGCAACCAAACAAUCUCUAUUACUGAUGAAGAUUUUCCUGAAGAUUUGUAUGAAUUAAUGUUUAAAUAUCAAAUCAAGCAGCUGUCUUGGGUGUGCAAAGCAUGUUAUAAUAAAAGUGUUGCCUGCUGUAAUUUUUGCACAUCUUUAUCCGAUAACAUGGAAAAAAUGGAACUUGAUAUGUCCCAAAUGAAAGAUACUGUCAAGCUAUUGUUCAAACAAGUUGAAAGUUUAACAAAUGUUAGUGUUCCUUCUAAUAAAGAAAAUCUUUCUUCAAGAAUCCAGCUUGAUUCUCCAGUGACAUAUUCAACAAAACAUUCUUCUAUAGAAUCAUCAAGUUCUCAGAAAAGUAAAGCUGCAUCAGAACUUCUUCAGAAAAUACUUAAGAAUGAAAUAAAAAUUGAUGAUGAGGAGAAAACAAAUGGCAAAAAAGUUGUUAAUUCAUUUUUAGAAACUUUAAGGCAAUAUCUCAAGAAAAAUGAAGAAACUUAUUGUAUAUUUAAUCGGUUUAACUUCACUGGCAGCUCUUAUCAAGAUUUGAAAAUUUCUAAAGCGACAGAAUAUGAUAUAAAUGUUGUUUUAGUUGUGUCGUCAAAAUUUUUCAUCUUGGAACCAGAAUUUUUUGAAAGUACUCAUGCAUAUGCAAAAAUUAGAUGGGAACCAAAAGAUACAGAUAUUUCACUGUCCAUACCGAUGCAGAAAGUGAAUGUGAUAAAAUUCCUGAAGAAUACGUCAGAAGAUUAUUAUAUAGUGCCUAGAAAAAUAACUUCAUGGUUUCAAAGUCAUAUUGACAACUUUCUUCGCGGAAAUCAUGCUUUUGAAAACAUUAUUAAAAGUGUGACAACUCGUCAAAGUGGUCCUGCCAGAACAAUGGAUGUAGAUACAAUUUUUGGAUACACUAUCAGCAUUGAUUUAGCUCCUGUUUUUAUUUUCCCAAAUUCAUAUUUUAAUGACAAAAUGGAACAUCAUUUUACCGACAUAAAGAAUCCAUUCUUUUAUAUGGUUCCUAAAGUAUACAGAGGGGAUGCUUUGAGUGAACGUGAAACAAGUAUCGCUUGGAGGCUUGACUUUACAAAUACAGAAGAGCAUGUUCUACAUAAUAAAUUGUGUGCAAAACCUAUAAUUAAACUGCUAAAACUUUUACGAGAUAAGGAAAACUGGAGGGAUCUAGCAUCUUAUUAUAUAAAGACUGUAAUGCUAUGGAAAGUUAAUGCCAAUCCCAGCAAUGAAUAUUGGAACAAUACGUACAUCUUUGAACGCUUACUAGAGGUUAUGAAAUUGCUUCAUAAUUACCUGCAAGAGCAACAUCUACCUUUCUUCUUCUAUAAACCUCACAAUCUUAUAUACAAGAUGAAUCAAUUGCAAUGUCAGAACUGGAGUUACAGAUUAGAGCAUAUUAUUUCUGAAAUUGAUUCUGAUUAUAAUAAUUUAAAUACCUUUUUUUGCAGUUGAGUUGUAUAUGGGGGGGCUAUUGAGUAAUGCUGCUUUUUUAUGAAAGGUAACUAUGCUAUGUAUCAGAUUAACAUGGUCUGAAAGCAGUCGGGGGCAAAAAAAACUCUUUCCAAAAAAAAAAAAGAAAGAGAAAGAGUUUUUUAAUGAGGUUUUAAAUAAAUUUAUUUCCUUAGUUAUCAAUUUAUUGAACCCACUUUUUUACUGUAUUUAUAAUCCUUGAUUACACUUGGAUAGUAUGAAAUUACGUUUGAGUCUGUCAGUAUUUUUUAUUUCAUGUUUAAUGUUGAAAAUGCUAGUUUUUUUCAAGUGGUGUUUGGGAAAUCUUUUUGAUAAAUUUGCUUCUUGUAUCAAUUAACCCCUAAGUUUGUAUUUUUUUUAAUACUACUGCUCAACCAUUAAAAAUAUGUACUGUAUAUAUGGUAUUUCAAAGUCUUAAAGUAUUUUGUGAUAUUUUAAAUUAAUUUAUGAUAAUUUAAUUUAUUUGUUAAUUUAUUUCU